GAGUUGUUCCAUCACUAUAAGUAAGAUUCCAUAGAAUUUAAUGAAUCAUUUUUUUUUAUGUAACUGUCGACAGCAUUGACCCACAAUAUUAUAGUUGGAAUGAUCAAGUCACACAACAAAUUUUGCUAGACGUGGGUGUCUAGUAGACUUGAAGGGUCAACGAAGCUCGUUUACCAACCAUGUAUGCUAUACUAUUAGUUUUAUUAAUUAAUAUGUUUUAUUUAUUUAUUUGAUCCGAGAACAGAUUUUAACUUGAUUCUUCUGUUCUGUGAUCCAUCAUUGUUCAUAUUGGAUUGGAUUGGAUUGGAUUGGAGCUCUCUCUCUCUGUCUCUCUUUCUCUGUGUCUUUGAAGGGAAGGGAAGGGAAGAUGAGAGAAACAUGGGCUUAUUAUAUGAUGAUGAUUGGCAUUGGAACAGUAGUAGUAGUAGUAGUAUUGUUGAUGAUUAUGUUUGUUGCAAAAUGGGUGAUAAAUAAGCAGAGAAACAAGGGAAUUACAAAAGGAGCUCAUAAAUUGCCCCCUGGAAGAAGAGGAUGGCCCUUGAUUGGAGAUAGCUUCAACUGGUUUAAUGCUGUUGCAAGUUCUCAUCCACCUCGUUUUGUUCAACAACAGGUUCUCAGGUAUGGGAAGAUAUUCUCAUGUAGUCUAUUUGGUAAAUGGGCUGUGGUAUCAGCUGAUCCAAGCUUUAACCGAUGGGUAAUGCAAAAUGAGGGGAAGCUAUUCCAAUCCAGCUACCCAAAAUCUUUCAGAGAUUUAGUGGGAAAAAAUGGGGUGAUCACAGUGCAAGGAGAGCAACAGAGGAAGCUUCACGGCAUUGCGUCCAACAUGAUGCGGUUAGAGAAACUCAAGUUCCAUUUCUUGAAGGACAUUCAAAUGGUUAUGCUUCAGACUUUGAACAAUUUCCAAAACAACCAGGUCAUCAUUCUUCAGGAUGUUUGCAGAAAGGUAGCUAUAAAUCUGAUGGUGAAUCAACUACUGGGGGUGUCAAAGACUGAAGGGGAAGUGGAUGAGAUGGCUCGUUUGUUCUCUGAUUUUGUGGACGGCUGUCUUUCUCUUCCCAUCAAUUUGCCAGGUUUUGCUUACCACACUGCUAUGAAGGCAAGGGCGAUUAUAAUAAGAAAAAUCAACAACAAAAUAGAGAUGCAGAGACAAGAAGCCAUACUGGCAGGGGUAGUUGGUAAUAAUAAUGGUGUACUUGGAAGAUUGUUAGAGGAAGAAAGCAUACCUGAUGAUGCAGUUGCAGAUUUCAUCAUCAACCUUCUCUUUGCUGGAAAUGAAACAACGGCUAAGACCAUGCUUUUCGCUGUUUAUUUCCUCACUCAGUGUCCCAGGGCCAUGAAGCAAUUACUGGAUGAGCAACAAAGCCUAAUAAGUCAAAGGAGCUACUUGGAUGGCGAAGAUAUGCUAACAUGGGAAGAUUACAAACAAAUGUCUUUCACUCAAUGUGUUAUUGAUGAAACACUUCGACUGGGGGGUAUUGCAAUUUGGUUAAUGAGAGAAGCAAAAGAACGCAUUGAAUAUCAAGGUUAUGUCAUUCCCAAAGGAUGUUUUGUGGUUCCAUUUCUUUCAGCAGUUCAUUUAGAUGAAAAUUUGUAUGAAGGAGCAAUCACUUUCAAUCCAUGGAGAUGGAUGGACCCUUUGACUCAGGAAAAGAGAAAUUGGAGAAGCAGUCCAUUUUAUGCUCCAUUUGGAGGAGGAGCUCGAUUUUGUCCGGGGGCGGAGUUGGCUCGCCUUCAAAUUGCUCUCUUUCUUCAUUACUUCAUUACUACAUACAGGUGGACCCAACUUAAGGAGGAUCGGAUGUCUUUCUUUCCUUCAGCUCGAUUAGUGAAUGGCUUUCAAAUCCAAAUAACCAGACGGGACGACGAGUUGAAAAAAAUAAAAUGAAAAUAAAAUUGUUAUUUUCCCAUUAUAUACAUUACAUACUGUUAAUGCCCUUAUCCUUCCAUAAUUUGUAAAUCAUUGUAAAAUUAAAAUUUGUGACUUAAA